AUGGCCAUGGCGGCGCCGCUUGCGCUGCACCUGCUGCUGGCUCUGCUCUUGGGGUCUGGUGGCCUGAGCAGAGCAGAGCCGGAGAGGGACAGCCUGCGGGAGGAAUUGGUCCUUACUCCGCUCCCCUCCGGGGACGUGUCGGCUACCUUCCAGUUUCGCACGCGUUGGGACUCGGAGCUGCAGCAUGAAGGAGUUUCUCAUUACAGGCUUUUCCCCAAGUCUUUGGGGCAGCUGAUCUCCAAGUACUCUGUGCAGGAGCUACACCUGUCACUCACACAGGGCUUUUGGAGGACUCGUUUCUGGGGCCAGCCCUUUCUGCAAGCCCCAGCUGGGGCUGAGCUUUGGGUUUGGUUCCAAGAUUCAGUUGUGGAUGUUGAUAAAUCCUGGAAGGAACUCAGUAACAUCCUCUCGGGAAUCUUCUGCGCCUCUCUCAACUUCAUUGACUCCACCAAUACUGUCAUUCCUACUGCUUCCUUCAAACCCUUGGGACUGGCCAAUGGUACCAACCAUCAUUUCCUUCGCUAUGCUGUCCUUCCCCGAGAGGUGGUAUGCACUGAGAACCUCACUCCGUGGAAGAAGCUCUUGCCUUGUAGUUCCAAGGCAGGUCUCUCUGUGCUUCUAAAGGCUGAACGCUUGUUCCAUACCAGCUAUCAUUCCCAGGCAGUACACAUCCGCCCUGUGUGCCGGGAUUCCCACUGUACCAGUGUCUCCUGGGAGCUGAGGCAGACCCUCACAGUUGUGUUCGAUGCCUAUACCACAGGCCAGGGGAAGAAAGACUGGUCUCUGUUCCGGAUGUUUUCCCGAACCAUCACUGAGGCUUGUCCUUUGGCCUCACAAAGUCAUGUCUAUGUUGAUAUCUCCAAAAAUAGUCAGGAGAAUGUGACUCUUGAGGUGAGCCCACCCCCGACAUCCACAUACCAGGCAGUUGUCCUGGGGGACCGGAGGACCUAUGCUGUCUAUGACCUGCUUAACCCUGCCACAUUCAGUGGCUCCCGAAGCCUCAACUUGCAGCUCAGGUGGAAGCAGCAACAAGAUAGUGGGGGUCAUCUGGUUCCAUUUCUGCAUGCCCAGCGGUAUGUGAGUGGCUAUGGGCUGCAGACAGGGGAACUGAGCACCAUACUGCACAAUACACACCCAUACCGAGCUUUUCCUGUUUUGCUACUGGAGACUGUGCCCUGGUACUUGAGGCUCUACAUUCACACUCUGACCAUCACCACGAAGGGCAAGGAGAACAAGCCAAGUUAUAUCCACUACCAGCCUGCACAGGACCGGUUACGCCCCCAUCUGUUGGAGAUGCUUAUUCAGCUGCCCGCCAAUUCUGUUACCAAGGUCUCCAUCCAGUUUGAACGUGCUUUGCUUAAGUGGACUGAGUACACACCUGACCCAAAUCAUGGUUUCUAUGUUAGCCCAUCUGUCCUGAGCGCCCUGGUGCCCAACUUGGUGGGAACCAAACCAGCCAACUGGGAAGACAGCCCGCUUUUCAGCACAAUGUUUCCCAUCUCUGAUAGCUCCAGUCAUUUUGUGCGAUUAUACACUGAGCCGCUGCUGGUGAACCUGCCUACGCCAGACUUUAGCAUGCCCUACAACGUCAUCUGCCUCACCUGCACCGUCGUGGCUGUCUGUUAUGGCUCCUUUUACAAUCUUCUGACCCGAACUUUCCACCUGGAGGAGCCCAAGCGGAGUAGGCUUGUCAGGUGGUUGGCCAACAUUAUCCGCCGAAUCAGAGGCGUUCCUCCUCUGUGACUCGUCCUGCCCUUCUUGCUUGGUCAAGAUGUUACCCUCUUCCAUAGAUCAGAGCCUUCCUGAUCUCUCAGACCCUUAUUUGGUGAUCUCUGACUCUCUCCAUCACCUGCUUAACCCAUUAGGAGUCUAGAGUCACAGGAAGGCCCAGGUGUCCCCAGGAUUGGUCAAAGGAAUAGUGUGAGGAACAGGACUGGGCUCUCCUGAUCAUAUGAGGUGGGUGGAGCCUGUUUGCUGCUGAGCAGCUGAUGUGGAAUAAAGUGUGGCUGCCAACCUA